AACUAAAUUUAGGUCAUAUUUAGGUUAUCCAUGGUUAUCCAUCUACAAUCCACAUUUGAAUAACAAGAAAAUGAUUAUAAAAUCUAAAUUUAGAAAAGGAUAUCAAAUUGUUAGUUGUUUUGUAAGGCAAGUUUCAGGUGUUCACAGUUUUGAAUCUGAUUUUGAAAAAUCACAUUGUCCAACAAAUGAUUUUCAAAGAUCUGUAUUAACUUUGGGCUCAGCUGCAAUAUCGCUUUUAAAUCCUCACAGGGGUGAUAUGAUAGCUUGUCUUGGCGAAACUACUGGUGAACAAGCACUAAAGUAUAUGAAACGUUGUAUGGAAGCAUCAGUUGAGGGGUCAGAUAUACUUCGCGAACAACCUAGGAUAAACACAAAAUCAGUUGAUUUUGAUUAUUUAAAAAGUCUUCCUAAUGAUACUUUGGGAUAUAUGUAUUUCAAAUUUAUACAAACAAAUAAAGUUACUCCAGAUAGUAGAAUGGCUGUGCAAUUUGUUGACGAUAUAGAAUUGGCUUAUGUCAUACAGAGGUAUAGAGAAGUACAUGAUUUGAUCCAUACUGUACUCCAAAUGCCCACCAACAUGUUAGGUGAAGUAACAGUUAAAUGGGUAGAGGCCAUUCAGUUUAAACUUCCUAUGUGCAUUGGCGGUGCAAUAUUUGGACCUUUAAGAUUAAAAACAAAACAUAGACAUCUCUAUUUAAAUUAUUACUUGCCGUGGGCAAUUAGAACUGGAACUGAUGCAAAAUUUUUGUUAAAUAUCUAUUUUGAAAAGAGGUGGGAACAAAAGGUGCAAGACUUCUAUCGGGAAAUAAAUUUAGUACCUUUACAAUUAGAUACAAUCAAAUGAAAUCUUUGCAGUAAUUGUAUUGUAUAUAACUUUUAUUAAAUAUUUUUAA